AUGGCAGAGGGAGAUGUGGGCACCUGCCCCCAUUUGUUGGUUGAGGACGCUCACUCAAACUGUGUCUCGGAGCCCGGGAGGAAGAAACCGAUGUGGGCAACGGCAGGCCAAAAGCUUCUCCUCCUGCUGGUGGGACUGACCAUGUUGGGACUUGUCGUGCAGAGUUUUUUCCUCUACACGCUGUACAAAAAAACGGAGGGUGGCCCCAUGAUGGAUCAAAUGGGAUCUAAAGAGCUCAAUGAGGUUCAACAGAGGCCCUUUGCUCACCUGAUGGGCCCUAACACUCCUGCAAAGGAUGACAAUGUGGUGCAGUGGAUACAUGAAGGUGGCGAGGCCCUCACCCACCAAAUGGGCUACGACAAAGGUCGACUGUUGGUGGAGAGUACAGGUUACUACUACCUGUACUCCAAAGUGCAAUCAAAUGCUGUGUUGGACUGUUCAGUUAUCCUGCACAAGGUCAUGAGAGACACCAGUUCCUACAGCCGACCAAUAGAACUCAUGAGCUCAAACAGCUAUAGCUGCAGGACACCAACACGUGUGAGUGAGAAGGCUUUGGAAGGGGUAGAUCUGUGGAACAGCUUCCUGGCAGGGAUUUUCCAUCUGCAGAGAGGAGAUAAAGUUUUUGUCACGUUGGAUAAUAUACAGAUGAUUAGUAAAGGACCUUCAGACAACUUCAUGGGGGCCGUCAUGAUACUUCCAUCCAACCAUUAA